ACAAGCAGGAUUAAGGGUCAGUCAGACAGACGAAUUGUGACGUCUUAUUUUUAACAGAUUUAAUACCUUUGUGACCUUUCAGAAUAUAACGACGAGGCAGGAGAUUUUAACUGGAUGAAACUGGACUCUUGUUGAAAAUAAUAACGACAAAUUUGUUCUAAUUAGAGUAAGUGGAAGAAGAAAAACGUGUAUGUGAAUGCGGUACCAAUAGCGAACUUCAUGGUGUAAUGACCAUUCCCAAGGAAACUUCAGGACGGAAAGUGCUCUAACAUUACCCUGUUAAGAAGCCAACAGCUCAAGGAACAGAUAAGAUACUAUAUACCCUCCAAAGAACGAUGGAAAAACACCUAACCAGAAAUUCGGGAAUGAAGAGGCAUAAUAAUAAAAAUGAAAAUCUCUUGAGGAUAGUUCCCUCAAACGACCAUGCUGAAACUCCAACUUCUGCAACUUCUUCUUACAGCCAAAUAACCAAAAAUACAAAUGUACUUCCCGCUACAGGUGUUUCCCGAGGCAGAGGUGCUUUGCUGAAGAAUACCAUGGCCUCUCAGCAUGUCCUGGCAGCAGGUGUUUCUCGAGGCAGAGGUGCUGUGCUGAAGGAUGCAGUGGAAUCUCAGCAAGUCCUGUCUGAAAACAGGAAGCCAGUUGGCCGUGGAAUGACGCUCCAGCAGAGAGGAACUUUCAUGCCACAAAACCUAGGAAAUCCAUAUGCACCAUGUAGCAUCUUGGAUGAAGUCAGUGAUAAACUCAUUGUAGCUGUCCCUGGCCAGUGUCAGGUUCAGAAGUCAUGGAACACCUUAAGCAGAGCUCCGGUUGCAUAUCAAAUGCAGCAGUUGAUUGGAGACCAAUAUAGUGAUUAUACACUAGGACUGAAGAACAACAUGCCAACAAGAAAAACAGUAAAUGAUCAUCAAAAAAUAAAGGGACUUCAAUCUUACAAAAGUAGCUUGAACAGUGAGAACAGAGAUGUGGUGGGAAACAACAUGAAAUCUCAUUCUACCGGCUGUCUGACCAGUAAAUCAAACCGCUUCCCUGAAGCUAAAAGGGUUGUUUCCUCAUCCAAUUCUAGCCUAGAUUCAACCAGGUCAUCAGAUUCUGCCAAAACUUUUGGGAAGAAAAGGAAUAGAUUUACGAAACUCAGUUCUGUGGGAAGUUCAGUUAAUGUUCCAAGCUUGACGGAUGGUUGGGUUCCUCUUGACUGGGCUCCAGACUUUGACUCCGCCAAAUUAUACAAUUCCUCAGAAUUUCCUGCGCUCAAUUGAAAAAAAGGGGCAAACUGAAUAGCUUUAGGUCCUGAACUGCACUUUACAGUAUUAUUUUAUCAAUAUAUCCUAUAUGAUUACAGCGUUUGUCAGAUUGUUUCACUCAAACCAAACCAUCUUACUGGUUACUCAUAAAAUUGUGAAAGUUCUUUAAAGUCAUCCAAUGAGUUAAUGGUCUAACAAAGCUGUAUGCUGAGUGGCUUAGUGGGCUAAGGCUCUAGUGUGCAGGAGUUCAAGCCUCACUGAUGCUGCAAAUGAUUAGGACCCCAAAUAUUCUUAGCAUAUGUGGAGAUGGUGACCUUGAACCUAUAGGUCGAGGGCUAUGCAUUGUUUGACAUCAGGCCACCCUAUAUAUAUUUGUAUAUGUAGAUAUUCUGUGAGCAAGAUCUACUUAAAAAAUGUUUGUUGUAAUUCACUUUUUAUUUAAGAUUUAUUUUUAAAAAGGUCAUUAUGGUUGUUAUUAAAUUGCAUGGAAUCUGAAUUUUCAACAUAUUUAGUAACCAAUUUUUGUUUUAUGACUUGGCAUGUUUUAGGAAGUACUUAUAUUCUCCGAGCUUGAAGGUAUUUUCAUAAUUUCAAUCCAGUAAAGUGUGGCAGAGAUCAGAUUAUUUAAACAGAUGACUAGUGCAGCGAAAUGUACUGAAAAUAAUGUUAAUAUGCUGAUUCAAAGUACUAAUUAUAUUUUUGUAUAGUUGUGAAUAAAUAUUACUGUGUCUGGAAAAAAAAUAAAAAAUACAAUGGCUUUAUGUGAAUGUGCAGAUAUAUACCAGCACUGCAUGUAGUAAUAGUCUGAAGAGAACCCUGUCAGAUGCUGAGAAUGGCUGUCACAAUGUGAAAUGAAUCUUUCUGAUUUACUAACCCAAAUAAUAAUGAAUUUUCUCAUGUCUAUUUAUCCCAUAUUCUUCAACUGAUGAGGAGUUCUGUUUUUCUUAUGACUUCCUCUAUUGUUAUUAUUAUUGUUAUUAUUAUUGUGAUUGUCUAUCCCCUCCCCCCUUAUUACUACUCUUCAUCCUUAUUGUCCUCCAUCUCAUAGUACUACCUCACUCCACACCACCUAUCUUCCCACCCUCGUCCUUCUACUGAUUUCACCUCUGCAAACUUUUUGAGUACUCUUUUUGGCCCAGCCAAGUAGGAUUAAUUCUUUGUGAUUCCUGCUUCAGGCACUUAUUCUGACAAUAACCUUUUCUUCCAGCAAUAUCUCCCAAAACAAGCAGGCAAAGUUUCCUUUCCCAGUUGUUCUGAUCGUUCAUGCCUUGUCACAGUUGCAUCUGAAUCCCAAACUCAUGCACUAUCUACCCUGACUGACCUCACUUCUCCUUUAAUGCUUGCACCAGAACUGUUUCUGUCACCCUGACUGAUUGUCCUGUCUAUGACAAGUCCUGCACUAAUAUUGCCAAGAAUAGCUUCUGAAGAAAUUACCUCCCCCAUGAAGCUUAUAUUGGUGGAAUGUCCUGCCCUGUCUGACCAUAUUCAGCAAUUCAGGAAAUGUUGCUGUUUUGGCCACCCAGCCAAACACUGUCACUCUGCAUCAUGCUGCCCUCUAUGUGCCCAACCUGGUCAUUAUCAUUCAGAUUGCUCUGCUUGGUCAUGCUAAUUAUAUUGGCUCACAUAAUGUAUUUAGUAGGAGCUGCCCUGCCUACAAGUUUAAAUCUGAGGUAGUAGUUCUCAAAUUAAAGCUAGGUUCUACUCUAUGUAAGGCCAGCUAGGUAGCACGUUGACAUGGUUUUUCUCUCUCUCCCUAUUCCAAGCUGUUCUUUGCUCUGCUCCCCUCCCAUCUUCUCAAGAUCCUAAUUCUACUCAUGUUUUUUUUUUUUUUUUUUAU